AUGGGUAUAUUUAAAUCCGAAUUACCUGAUCUAAUUAUUCCAAAUGUUGAUCUUUAUCAUCAUGUAAUCAGCAAUCCUAACUCAAUUCCUGACAAUAAACCAAUCUACAUUGAUGGAUUAACCAAUAAAAGUAUUACUUUUGGUGAAUUUAAAAGUUUUACCAAAAAGUUUGCUAGUGGAUUAAAAUCAAUUGGAUUUAAACCUGGAGAAGUUCUGGCAAUUGUUUCUCCAAAUCACAUACAUUAUCCCAUUGCAUCAUUAGGAACAAUUGCAUUUGGUGGAGCUGUUACAACAGCCAAUCCUAAUUAUACAGUUGAUGAAUUAACAUAUCAAUUAACCGAUUCCAAAGCAUCAAUCAUUGUUGCACAUCCAUCAACCUUACCCACUGUUUUAAAAGCUGCAAACAAUGUAAAAAUACCAACUUCCAAGAUCUUUGUAUUUGAUGAAAAUGAAGAUCUUGAUCAUGGCAUUAGAACAUUCAUCAGUCUAUUCAAGGAUGAUGAUGAUGAUUCAGCAAUUAUUCAUUAUACAACUGAAGAGGAAGUCAAAUCAACUGUUGCUUAUUUGUGUUAUAGCUCUGGCACAACUGGCAGACAAAAAGGUGUUGAGACCACACAUUAUAAUAUGGUUGCUAACAUUGAACAAGUUUAUCAUUUUGAGAAAUUUACUCCUGAUCUUGCAUUCUUGGGACCAUUAUACCAUAUAUUUGCAUUGCAUUUUAUUAUUCACCAAGCACUUUAUAGUGGAGCAUCAGCAAUAAUUUUAUCAAAAUUUGAUAUAAAUUCAUUUUGUCAUGCAAUACAAGAUCAUAAAAUAAAUAUUAUAUAUGUAGUUCCACCAAUUGUGCUUAAACUGGUUAAAGAUCCAGCUGUUGACAAUUAUGAUUUAACAAGUUUGAAAUUUUUAUUCUGUGCUGCUGCUCCAUUAAGUGAAGAGUUGAGUAAUAUGUUCAGCAACAAAUUUGGUACACCUCUUAAGCAAGGUUAUGGACUUACUGAAACUACACCAAUCAUUACAAUGGAUAGGACUGAUGAUAUCACAAUUGGAUCAUCUGGAAUUCUUAUAGCAAAUAUAGAAGCAAAAAUUAUUGAUGAAAGUGGAAAAGAACUUGGGAUUAACGAACAAGGUGAACUAUAUGUUCGUGGUCCAAACGUUAUGAAGGGUUAUCUUAAUAAUAAACAGGCUACUAAAGAAUGUAUUGGUAAAGAUGGAUUUUUCCGUACCGGAGAUGUUGCUUUUAUUAAUGAAAAUGGGAAAAUUUUUUUGGUCGACCGUAUAAAAGAACUUAUCAAAUAUAAGGGCUCUCAAGUUGCACCUGCGGAACUCGAAUCAGUCCUACUUACAAACCCCAUCAUUUCCGAUGCAGCUGUAGUUGUAAGAUUGCAUUUCUUUAGUAGAAAAAAAAUUAAUCAAAACCAAAAAGUCACCAAGAAUCCUGAAUCAAAAGACCUAGUUAAUACAUCAUCACUUUUGAUUAUUGAUUCUCUUGCUUACAAUAUUUCUGUUAAUUCAUCAAACACUGAUAUUUGUGAUGUUGAAUCAGGUAGUACACUCAUGAAUAGAGAAAAAGGCCAGUACCAACAGGAAACAAACAAAAAAUAUAGUAUUUGGAAUUGUAUGAAAGGUGCUGAGGCUGCUAUUAAAGCUGAACAAACAGCCAAGGUUGCACUGACCAUUAGUGAAAAGAAUCAAGCUACUUUGGUUGAAAUUAAUAAACAAGUAUUUUGUUUGGGCAAGACAUUACAAGAUUCAUGGUGGCAGGAGAAUCCUAUUUGUUAUGUUGGCGACAAUUCAUUAAUUGAUUGA